AUGAUUAAGAAAUAUAUUUUUUUAUUAAAUUACAUUAUAUUAAUAGGGCAUAUAUUUGAGUAUAACAUAUUGGAAAUUAAAGCUGCGGAGUCAUCACAAGCAUCAUCUUCAAAAGAAGUUGAGAUAACAAAAGAUAGAAUUUUUGUAUAUUUUAGGGAAGAUUGUAGAUUAGAGUUUCAUAUGACAAUUUAUUGUUUGGAUCAUGUAUUGGGAUUUAAGAAUCUUAGUGAUAUAAAAAAAUCUGUAACUGAUUUAGAUGCCAUAAAAAAGGAAAUUGUUGAUUCAGCAAGAAAAUAUUAUCAGGUGGUGAUGGAAGAUGAUGAAGCCUUAGAAAGAAUGGCGAAUAGAAUAAGUGGUCGUCUUUUUAAUUUACGUUCUGAAAUAUUAACAACAAUGGAUUAUUAUUCACUUUUGAAGAAUAUUUUUUGGGCAGAGCAAAGAGCAAUGGAAGAUAUUUUUAUUGAAUUAAAUGAAAAAGAUGAUAUUGCACAGAAAACGGAAGUUAUUGGCCGUAUAAGUUCUAUAAAAAGUAUUUUUGAAAAAUAUUUAAGGUUAAUAAAUAUUAACUUAUCAGGACAGCAAAUACAGAAUACGGCAGAGAGAAUACAGGAAUUACUAGGUGAAUUAUGUGGCAUAUCCAUUAAAUAUACCAGACCUGCUUCUUUAGACUUUGAAUCUCAUGCUUUACUUUGUUAA